AAAAGUCGCUCCACUCUCCACAAAAGGAGACAAGCGUGAAAACUCAAAGCCCCCAACUCUUCCCCCUUUCCUUCUUCUUCUCUUCUCCUUUAUCUUCUCCAUUACCCAGAAAACACAGACAUCAUUCCUUCCUACACAACAAUGGCGAAUCCCACCUUCACUUUCCUCUCCUUUCCAUAAUGACCUCUGCACACGAUUACCCCCACUUCCCUCCUUCUUUUGCCAUGAAGACGAUGCAAACGCUUCGAUUCCCCAAUCUCCACAACUCCGACGAUGACCACGACCAAACAACCAUUUCCUCUUCAUCUCCUCUCGACGAACUCUACUGUGAGGAAGAGAGGUGGGAUUGCGAAGACGACGAUGGGGAGGUUCUGGAUUGCCUCGACGUCGCCGGCGGUGCCCAUUGCCUUUCUCCGAUUCUGUUGCUGGAGCAGGACUUGUUCUGGGAAGACGAAGAGCUCGUUUCCCUCUUCGCCGAGGAGAAGCGAUGGAAGGGAGCAAUUGGGGUAAAGGAAACUUGCCCUGCUCGUCGGCGAGCUGUGGACUGGAUGGUUAAUGUCAGCACCCACUACGGGUUUUCCACUCUUACUUCUGUGCUAGCUAUCAAUUACCUUGAUCGGUUCCUUUCGACGCCACGUUACCAGAAGGAUAAGCCAUGGAUGAUCCAGCUCGUCGCCGUGACUUGCCUCUCUCUGGCUGCUAAAGUCGAGGAAACCGACGUCCCGCUCUUGCUUGACCUCCAGGUCGAGGAGACGAAAUAUGUAUUCGAGGCGAAGACGAUUCAGAGGAUGGAGCUGCUAGUGCUGUCUGCCCUUGGCUGGAAGAUGCACCCGGUGACUCCGAUCUCGUUUGUGGAUCACAUUGUGCGGAGGCUUGGCCUGAAGAGCAAUGUUCACUGGGAGUUUCUCAACCGAUGUCACCGUCUCCUUCUCUGCCUAGUCUCCGAUUCAAGAUCUGUCAGAUAUAAGGCAUCAGUUCUGGCAACUGCAACCAUGAUGCACGUUAUUGACCAAGUCGAGCACUUUAACCCCAUUGACUAUCAGACUCAGCUGCUUGCUGUCCUGAACAUCAGCAAGGAAGAUGUGAAGGAGUGUUAUGAGGUGAUAAUGGAGGUGGCAAAGGGCAAUGGCGUUGGGAAGAAGAGAAAGUACUAUUGCCAUUAUGAAGAAGAAGGAGGGGUGGUGUUUCCGAGCAGUCCUAGUGGCGUGAUUGAUGCAGAAGCUUUUCUGAGCUGUGACAGCUCAAACGAUUCUUGGGGUUUGGGAAGUCUAAUGCCAAAAGCAAAAGGGAAAGGGUCAUUUUCAUCCUCUUCUUCUUCCUCGGUCUAUUCAUCUCCUCCACCACCACCAUUGGAGGCAGAGCAGCAGCCACUGCAGAAGAAGAGCAGAACCCAAGAUGACGACCAAUGGGUCUUUGUGGGUUUCGUUGGGAGCCCCAAUUAGAACCAGAGGAAGGUGAAAGAGUCCUCAAUCAAUCAAGCAGAGCCCUCUUGUUUGGUCUCGUCAACUCCCCAACAGGCUGAGAAGAAGAUUAGGUUUUGCGCCAUCUGGCCGAGCCCUGGUGAUAAGAUUAGAAUUUGAAGGGUUCCACUGGGGCAUGGCGAGAGGCAUUUUGUGGGAAAAAGAGGGGGAAGAAGGAAAGGCAAGGAAGAUCAUUGUUCAUCAAUGGUGGAUGAUGAUGCGAUCUUUAUGUUUAAUUCUUAUUCAUAAUAAUUUCUUUUGUAAUCUCCAUGUGGUAACGUUUCUCUUAAGUUGGGAAGCAUACCCUUUGACGUGGACAAAGUAUAUGUGAGAAUUGGGAUGUCAUAUAAUCCAAGUAUUCAUAAUGAUUCAAAUAAUUUGAGGGAAAAACCAAAAUUUUUGUAGCAUGUUUAAUCAGUUAGUUUUAUUAUAUGUAUAAUGUAUGUUACAAUGCAAUCGAAAUUGUGAUUCUAAACAUAAAUUUUUAAAUUUUAAAACGCAAUUUUGAGUUUACGUUGUUAUUAUGUUAGUUAUGUGGGGCUUAGUUCACUUGACGACGAAUUCACAAAGCACAAUUAAUCUUGUGAUGCUGUUGCCUUUAUUUCACGUGUAAUCUAAUGCACUGGAAUUGUUUGUAUUAAAAGAAAAUGCAUCCCCAAUUAUAUAUUGGAACACUUGUUAAAAAAAAAUCUAAACUAGUGCAUGCCAGCCACCUUUGUUGGAAGACUACUAUUUUUGGCACCAAUGAUGUUCAGGUUGUGUCAGUUAAUUCUUUUUAUGUGUAAUAGAAUAUUAAUUAUCAUAAUUAUUUGCUUCAUUAUUAUUAAUUUUAUGGAUGGAAUCUGUUGGGGCACUUAAGGGUCCAAGAGGGAAGCCCAAAGGGGUCAGCAGAUGGGAAGUUGGGGUCUACCAAGGGGAAGGCCCGAUCUAAGAGGAGGCCCAGGACUGUAACUUGAGCAGUGGGUCCCAGCCUAGAGGGGGCGCAUAGCAACAAGCAGGGGGCCAAUGGUCAGGAGCUUACGGAAGGGACAAGAAGUGGGGUCGGACGCCCCAGGACCCGGGAGAGUGUGUCAGAGUGCCUGGCAGGGUAGAAGUAUAGUGCAUUUAAUGGUAUGAUGACGUAUGGUCAGGAGCGUACGGAGGGGACAAGAAGUGAGGUCGGGCGCCCCAGGACCCGGGAGAGUGUGUCAGAGUGCCUGGCAGGGUAGAAGUAUAGUGCAUUUAAUGGUAUGAUGAUGUAUGGCGGAUUUGGGGGGCAAUGGUCGGCCCUACCCCGAGUAUAAAUAGCGAAGUGGCUGGAGCUCAUUUACUUGGGUUGGAACUUCUCUCUAAAAUUACACUUCACUUCUCUCUCUAGAAAGACUGUUCUAACUUGGGCGUCGGAGUGCUAACGAGCCCUAAGUAAGGGGCUCGGUGGGCGCCUUCGUGUGCAGGGACGAGGCGCGCGGUAGGAGCAAGCCAGGAAAGAAAGGAGCGCGUUGACAAUCGAGGACGUCGGGUUAAGUGGCAUAAACAGGAUCUUGAUUA